GAGGCAAGAGGCAAGAGGCAAGGCAAUUGUUGUCCACCUUUCUAGCAAGCCAAACCCAUAGUCAUGAAGAGCUUGAAUUUUGGUGGAUUAUGUCUCUUAUUAGGCGUACUUGUCCUAGAGGCACUCAUUGCAGAAGGAUUCAACUAUGGUGAUGCCCUUGAUAAGACCUUAAUGUUUUUUGAGGCACAAAGGUCAGGUAAGCUACCAGCCAAUCAAAGAGUCAAGUGGAGGGGUGACUCCGGCCUCAAGGAUGGGUACCUUCAGGGGGUAAACUUGGUGGGAGGGUACUAUGAUGCAGGAGAUCAUGUUAAGUUUGGACUGCCAAUGGCAUAUACUGUGACAAUGCUAGCUUGGGGAGCUAUUGAUUUCAGGAAGGAAAUCACAGAGUUAGACCAGAUGGGAAAUACUUUGUGGUCUCUUAGAUGGGGUACUGACUACUUCAUGAAGGCGCACACACAGCCUAAUGUUCUCUGGGCUCAGGUUGGGGAUGGUGACUCUGAUCACUAUUGUUGGGAGAGAGCUGAAGACAUGACUACUCCUAGGACUGCUUACAAGCUCGAUCAGAAUCAUCCAGGUUCAGACCUUGCUGGAGAAACUGCUGCUGCCUUAGCUGCAUCAGCUAUAGCUUUCAAGCCUUACAAUUCUUCCUACUCUAAUUUGCUCUUACUUCAUGCAAAACAGCUUUUCACAUUUGCUGAUAAAUAUAGAGGUCUAUAUGAUGAUUCUAUUCAGAAUGCUAAGCAAUUCUACACUUCGUCAGGUUACUCGGAUGAGUUAUUGUGGGCUGCUGCGUGGCUGUAUCGGGCAACUGAUGAUGAGUACUUCCUAAAAUACGUCGUAGACAAUGCUGUAUACAUGGGCGGAACUGGAUGGGCAGUCAAAGAAUUCUCGUGGGACAACAAAUAUGCUGGUGUGCAAAUCCUUCUUUCCCAGAUACUUCUGGAAGGCCGUGGUGGCGCAUACACUUCCACCUUGAAGCAAUAUCAGGCCAAAGCCAAUUACUUUGCCUGUGCUUGUCUGCAAAAGAAUGCUGGCUACAACAUCCACAAAACUCCUGGGGGCUUAAUGUAUGUCAGGGAAUGGAACAAUUUGCAAUAUGCCUCCUCUGCUGCAUUUCUUCUUGCCGUCUACUCUGAUUCUCUUUCUGCUGCAAAUGCUAAGCUUACCUGUCCAGAAGGGCAGAUCCCACCUCAGGCGCUCCUCGAUUUUGCUAGGUCACAGGCUGACUAUUUUCUUGGUAAAAACCCCAAGUCUAUGAGCUACUUAGUUGGAUAUGGACAGCAAUAUCCCAUCCAUGUUCACCAUAGAGGUUCUUCCAUUGCCUCUAUAUUUUCUCUUCAAUCAACGGUUGAAUGUGUUCAAGGAUUUGAGAAAUGGUAUCGUCGUCCCGAGGGAAAUCCUAAUGUCAUACAUGGAGCUCUUGUGGGAGGCCCUGAUCAGAAUGAUAACUUCUCUGAUGACCGUUCCAACUACGAACAAACCGAGCCUACAUUGUCUGGCUGUGCUCCUCUUGUUGGCCUCUUCUCUAAGCUGCAAAGUGUAUCGGAAGCCGCAGGCAACUAUCCUAAGAAAGCACCAGUUCCUCGUCCAACAACACCACAUUCCUAUCAAGAAACUCAAGAAACACAAGAACCCUAUAGAAGUCAUGAAGCCCCGGUGGAAUUCCUUCACUCAAUAACCAAGACAUGGACAGUUGGACCAACAACAUAUUACAGGCACAAGGUGAUAAUCAAAAACAAGUCUGAGAAGCCAAUAAAAGACCUUAAAUUGGUGAUAGAAGACCUUUCAGGAUCUAUAUGGGGUCUCAAUCCAACACAACAGAGGAACACCUAUGAGCUUCCUCAAUGGCAGAAGGUCUUACAACCUGGCUCAGAAUGCAGCUUUGUUUAUGUCCAAGGCGGCCCUCAGGCUAAGGUUACAGUUCAAAGCUACAACUGAACGCUUGAAGGAAAGAAUCGCCAAAUAUAUUGAAGCCAAACGAGAAGCUUAUAAUUUCAAAAUACAGGGAGAACCCAUUUUUCUUUUACCUUUUGACACAAUUUUCACCCGGUAAUCUUACAAAUGUUAAUAACUGUUGUAUCUUGACGAAUCAGAAUUCAAAUAUACCAAGCUUCUUAUCUAA